CAUUCCGCACAGCAUUUGAAGCACGAUGACACCUCCGAACUUGGCUUUGUAUUUCACAGGUCUGUUUGUGGCGAAUAUGGCUCACAUGACAACUUCCAAACAGUCUUCAUUACAUUUUUACUCACCUAAUGUUGGGGAAAGUGUGACUUUGCCAUGCGUCUGUGACAAUGAUGCAAUGGCGAUGAUGUAUCACUGGUAUAAGCAAACUCUGGGACAGAAACCACAGCUGAUGUCUACGUACUAUAGGCAUAAUGAUAUUGGAACCUUUCAAGAUGAAUUCAACAACAAUCCACGCUUCUCAUUGUACAAAGUAAAUGAUAAAUAUCACUUGAAGGUUUCAGAUCUGCAAAUUUCAGACUCAGCGACUUACUACUGCGUAUGGAGCAACUUAUAUGACUUUGAAUUUUGUGAGGGCAAUACAGUCAGCGUAAAAGGUUCAGGUUUAAACGUCCCAGCUACGGUCCAUCAGUCUUCAUCUGAGACUAUCCAGCCAAGAGGCUCUGUGACUCUCAACUGUACAGUACAUACUGGGACCUGUGAUGGAGAACACAGUGUUUACUGGUUCAAGAACUCUGAAGAAUCUCAGCCAGGACUCAUUUACACCCAUGGAGGCUGGACUGAUCAGUGUGAGAGGAAACCCAACACACAAACACACACCUGUGUCUACAACCUGCCGAUGAAGAGUCUGAAUCUUUCUCAUGAGACCUACUACUGUGCUGUUGCCUCAUGUGGACACAUUCUGUUUGGAGACGGGACCAAGCUGGACUUGGAAGAUGAGGUGGACUCUCCUGUCUGGGUUUAUUUCUUGAGUGCAGCUUUAGCAUUCACCACCAUCCUGAGUGUUUUACUGGCUUUCUCAGUGUACAAGGUGAACAAAAGAAGCUGCCAAUCAAGCCUGUCUGAGAAUAUAGUUCCCAGUUUGUUUACUUUACGCGAAGACGCAGACAACCUUCAUUACGCUGCUUUAAGGGAUCACAGCGGCAACACAUCAAGAAGACAGAGGGACAGCACCAUGACUGAAUGCGUGUACUCCAGUGUAAAGCAGUAG